AUGAGCGAAUCCCCCACGUCCAACGCACUAAGCAACAGCUCGCCCGCACCAGUAGCAGACCGCCAGGGAGUGAGUCCUGUCGCAGUCACUGCCAUGGAACCGGACACGACACAGGAGCCUCGACGGCUAUCGAUUCAAUUCAAACCGCAUGUAAAUGUUGCACUACCACAGGGGAAAGAAAAGCCAGCUCGUGAGAGGCGUCGGAUGUCCUCACCUCCCCCACCACCCGUCUUCCGAAACCGCGUUUCCUUCGACACCUUCGACCGACCGGCCGACUUCAUUGAAGAGAACUCGUUCACAUUGAUCGCAAAGCAUAAGGAUUAUGAAUAUACCAAGCGCUCGAGGACAUUUCUCUGUGGGUGCGAUGACAACGAGUACUCCGAGUAUGCAUUGCAGUGGCUCAUAGAUGAGUUGGUUGACGAUGGUGACGAGAUCGUGUGCUUGAGGGUAGUGGAAAAGGACGAUAGCAUUGCAGGGGAUCGCAGUGUGGAGAAAGGUCGCUAUCGUUCUGAGGCAGAGGCUCUGAUGCGACAGGUGCAAGAGAAGAAUCACGAAAAUAAGGCAAUCAGUCUGAUAUUGGAAUUCGCCGUAGGAAAGGUUCAGAAAGUCAUUGACGAGAUGAUCAACAUGUACGAACCAGCCAUCCUAGUUGUCGGUACCAAAGGCCGCAGUCUCGGCGGCUUCCAAGGCCUUCUGCCAGGUUCAGUGUCAAAAUACUGCUUGCAACAUUCUCCAGUCCCGGUCAUCGUCGUCCGGCCCUCCUCCAAGAGAGACAAAGCGAGAGUGAAGCGUGCGCAAGAUCCAAGCCGACACGCAUACCGGGAGUUAUUGGAAAAGAGUGGUUCGCAAGGUGGCCCACUACUAGAUGCAAGCAAUCGUAACAGUUUCAUUGCUGAGGAGGAUCCUGCCUCAGACGACGAAGCUGCUGCUGUUGCUGCUGCGAUAGGAUACAAACCUCAGGUCGAUCCCAGCCCAUUGGCUCAAGUCGAGACUGCCACACCGCGUGCUGAUACGAAAGAAGUCGGCAGCGAGGCCCUGGGCGUAGAGGACGGAGCGAGCACAAGUGUUGAAAAAGUGGAUAGUGUGGACACCGAGGGUACCUCAAGCACGGAUGAUGCACGCAACCCAAGCAGCCUAGGAGUUGUGAUGAAGAGCCCCGAGCUUCAGAAUCUAGAGAGCCCCGAUAUCACCGACUCCUCUUCUAGUAGUGACGAAGAAGACCAAGGCGGGGUUCCAACAACUGAGCCCGCUGUCUCGACCGAUGCGGCGGCCAAGUCCGGGGACGAAAGCACCAAGGCUACAGAAGUAAAGCCCCCAACAGAGGCCUAG